UGGCGGCGCCCAUACGUUCAACCACACGAAGGAAGGGCAGCUCAUAAACCGAGCUUUGAUUUUGUUCGUGAAAAUAAUUAGACAACAAAUAUAAUGUGCAACCGAUCUCUGCAGUAGGUCGCGCAUUUUCUUUUUUAUUUCGAUACAUUUUUGUAACAAUACGCCUGAUGAUAGUUGAAAUGUUCACGUGCACUCAUAUGAUUUUAAAACGACUGUCUGAGGAGUAACGUUAAAUAUUCAUCCGAACUAACUGUACAUAUUACAGGAGGAUAAUAUAACAUUAAUGCGCUCACACACUUUCAUUGGUCUUGGUAAUAUUAAAUGGGAUCAAUCACAGGCAUGACAUGUGCAAAAGCAUUGCAGCUCACCCUUGCGGUCAUUAAACCAGAUGCAGUGGCUCAUCCUCUCAUUCUGGAGGCUCUUCAUCAAAAGAUUGUAGAAAACUUCAUUAUAAUCAGAAAGAAAGAUCUGACGUGGAGAAGAGGAGAUUCAGAAAGGUUUUACGCAGAACAUGCAGGGCGUUUUUUCUAUCAAAGACUGGUUGAAUUCAUGUCAAGUGGCCCAAUGAGAGCUUACAUCAUAGCCAGAGAGGAUGCUAUCACUCACUGGAGAGGGAUGAUGGGCCCAACAAAAGUGUUUAGAGCUCGUUACACCUCACCAGACAGCUUACGGGGCCAAUACGGGCUGACUGACACUAGAAACACAACCCAUGGUUCAGAUUCCAUUGAAUCAGCCAGGAGAGAGAUCGCAUUUUUCUUCCCAGAAUUCCUUGCAGAUACGUGGAUGACGAGGGAAGAGCCCGGUUUCAGAUUGGGACCUAUUGAAUAUGAUGAACAGAGACAAAUUCACACUCGACAGAUAACAGGAUUAUAAUUGAAGGACUACAAUGCUACAUUAAUGUCUUCACCAACUGGUACCUUAAUGCUUUUUGCGUAUUUACUUGUUUUCACUUGUUUGCUUACACAAGAAAGUCACUUGUCUAUACUGCAACUGUGCCAAUUAAAAAGAUUGUAUGUGUUUAAUACAAUAUAUGUAUACAUAAAAUACUAGCCUUGGAGUAAAUUUAUGUUUUCCUUUAUAUAUUGUAGAAAACUCCUGAAGAACUCCAUUUCUUCUGCCAAACAGAAUACAGCUUUGUCACAAUAUUCUGGUUUACAUAAGCCAGUUGGCACUAUGAUUAGCGGCACCCCUGUAAUUUAAAAUAAAUAAUUAUAAUUAAUAGCUAAAAAAGCACUUCAGUCCAAACUAGAGCAACGAUAAUCAUUGUGCAAAGAUUAUUUUAAACAGUGGUUGGUCUUUUGAUUACAGUGUAUGUAGAAUUCCUAAAAUAAAUGAACAGUUUUUUGACAAUA